CUCCGAGCCACCCCCUCCCGCUCCCUCCCUCCUUCCCAUCCCCCCUUCUUUUCAAGCGUGAGACUCGUGAUCCUUCCGCCGCUUCCCUUCUUCAUUGACUCGGAAAAAAAAUCCCUGAGGAAAAUAUAAUAUUCAAAGUACUUAUUUUCAAUCAAGUAUUUGCCCCCGUUUCACGUGAUACAUAUUUUUUAGGACCUCCCACCCAUUUCUACCCUCCAAGGAAAGGGAGGGGAGAGAAUUGUAUUUUUUUUUUCCCCAGUCCCAGAUCAUCUAUAUGUUAAAUAUCCGUACUGAUCUGUCUUCAAGGAGAAAUACAUCGCUCGCAUUUUUUUGUCGCUAUACAAAAGGAGUGAAGAGCCAAGAGGACGAAGUCUUUUUUUUUUUUCCUGUGGGAGAACUUAAUGCUGCGUUUAUCAUUAACCUAACACCCCAACAUAAAACAAAAGGAAGAAGAGGAGGAAGGAAGGAAAAGAAGGUGAUUCGGGAAGACAGUGAUCAUGUCAGGGCGGCCCAGAACCACCUCCUUUGCGGAGAGCUGCAAGCCAGUGCAGCAGCCUUCAGCUUUUGGCAGCAUGAAAGUUAGCAGAGACAAGGAUGGCAGCAAGGUGACCACAGUGGUGGCAACUCCUGGGCAGGGUCCAGACAGGCCACAAGAAGUCAGCUAUACAGACACUAAAGUGAUUGGAAAUGGGUCAUUUGGUGUGGUGUAUCAAGCCAAGCUUUGUGAUUCAGGAGAACUGGUUGCCAUCAAGAAAGUAUUGCAGGACAAGAGAUUUAAGAACCGAGAGCUCCAAAUCAUGAGAAAGCUAGAUCACUGUAACAUAGUCCGAUUGCGUUAUUUCUUCUACUCAAGUGGUGAAAAGAAAGAUGAGGUCUAUCUUAAUCUGGUGCUGGACUAUGUUCCGGAAACAGUAUACAGAGUUGCCAGACACUAUAGUCGAGCCAAACAGACGCUCCCUGUGAUCUAUGUCAAGUUGUAUAUGUAUCAGCUGUUCCGAAGUUUAGCCUAUAUCCAUUCCUUUGGAAUCUGCCAUCGGGAUAUUAAACCACAGAACCUCUUGUUGGAUCCUGAUACAGCUGUCUUAAAACUCUGUGACUUUGGAAGUGCAAAGCAGCUGGUCCGAGGAGAACCCAAUGUUUCGUAUAUCUGUUCUCGGUACUAUAGGGCACCAGAGUUGAUCUUUGGAGCCACUGAUUAUACCUCUAGUAUAGAUGUGUGGUCUGCAGGCUGUGUGUUGGCUGAACUGUUGCUAGGACAACCUAUAUUUCCAGGGGAUAGUGGUGUGGAUCAAUUGGUGGAAAUAAUCAAGGUCCUAGGGACACCAACAAGGGAGCAAAUUAGAGAAAUGAACCCAAACUACACAGAAUUCAAAUUCCCUCAAAUUAAGGCACAUCCUUGGACUAAGGAUUCGUCAGGAACAGGACAUUUCACCUCAGGAGUGCGGGUCUUCCGGCCCCGAACUCCCCCAGAGGCCAUUGCACUAUGUAGCCGUCUGUUGGAGUACACACCAACUGCCCGAUUGACACCACUGGAAGCUUGUGCGCAUUCAUUUUUUGAUGAAUUACGGGACCCAAAUGUCAAAUUACCAAAUGGGCGAGACACACCUGCACUCUUCAACUUCACCACUCAAGAAUUGUCAAGUAAUCCACCUCUAGCUACCAUCCUUAUUCCUCCUCAUGCUCGGAUUCAAGCAGCUGCUUCAACCCCUUCAAAUGCCACAGCAGCCUCAGGUUGAAAACCCUUCUAACAGAAAAGGGAAUCAUGAUAAGAGUUGGACAAGAUACUAAUGCCGGAGAUCGUGGGCAGACCAAUAACACCGCUUCUGCGUCAGCUUCCAAUUCCACCUGAACAGUCCCGAGCAGCCAGCUGCACAGGAAGAACCACCAGUUACUUGAGUGUCACUCAGCAACACUGGUCACGUUUGGAAAGAAAAUUAAAAAGAGAAAAAAAACCUGUUCA